AUGAAUUGGCUGAUUCCACAACACUUACUACCAACAAUACUACUACUGCUUCCAUUAUUAGUUCAACAACAAUACUAUCCACAAUAUCAUCAUUAUCGAACGAAAGAGACCCUUGCCAUGACCCUGCAAAAAGCAAAAGAUCAUAUACUAUUAGGUCCAUUUCAAUCAAAAACAAAAUUUCCAACUGUAAAUGGCCGUCAUUUUCGUGCAGAAUGGUACAACACUUAUCCAUGGCUAGAAUAUAGUUUAGAAUUGAAUCAUGCAUUCUGCUCUCCAUGUCGCUUACGUAAUGAACGUAAGCAUGAGACUGCAUUCACAGCUACUAGUUUUAAUCAAUGGAAAAAUGGAACGCUACGAUUAAAUGAUCAUCAAGCAGCAAAUUGUCAUAAAGAAUCUUUUGAAAGAUGGAAAACAACGCUGCAAAAUUAUAAUAAUAAUACAGAUGUAUUGAAAUUAUUGAAUCAACAAUAUUCUAAACAAGCAACUGAAAAUCGAACAUAUUUAAAAGAAAUUAUUCGGACAGUUCAUUUUCUUGCACGUCAAGGAGUCAGUUGCAAGUUAUGUGGAUAUCUUUAG